GGAGAAGGAGAAGGAGAAGGAGAAGGAGAAGGAGAAGGAGAAGGAGAAGGAGAAGGAGAAGGAGAAGGAGAAGGAGAAGGAGAAGGAGAAGGAGAAGGCGACGCUUUCACAGUCAGUACUCUGUCCACAGGAAAAUGACGUUGCGGCUCUGCUAUCCACUUGCUGCCUGGAUUUUUAUCCUCCUCCUUCCUGGCCUGUCUGAAGGAGGGAAGCUCCUGGUGGUGCCCAUGGUUGGAAGCCACUGGCUAAGCAUGAAGGAAGUAGUUCAGAAGCUCGCCGAGAGGGGACAUGAAGUGGUGGUGCUUAAACCAGAAGUCAGCUGGCAGAUGGGAGAGACACAAAAACACGCAUACACUGUGAAAACAUACCCAGUGUCCACCAAGUUAGAAGAACUGGAUAAUGCCUUUAAAGCGUAUGUUGCAACUCACCUGAAGAGUUUGCCUUUCCCACUGAAUGUUCUGGCACUCUACAACAUCUCAUCAAAUGCUUUUAGCACCUUCUUUCUUCAGUGCAAGGAACUGUUCAGCAGCACGGAAACACUGCAGUAUUUGAAUCAAAGCGGCUUUGAUGCAGUCCUCACAGACCCUAUUUUUAUGUGUGGAGCUACACUUGCCAAUUACUUUUCACUUCCAUUUGUGUUCUUCAUGAGAGGAUUACCUUGCAAUCUGCACUUCGAAGCAGCACAGUGCCCAAGCCCUCUCUCAUAUGUCCCGAGAACAUUUUCAUUCAGCUCAGACCACAUGACAUUUUUCCAGAGGGUGGAAAAUACACUGAUUUCAUUCCUGGAGCUCUUUUACUGUAAUGGUUACUAUCGAGCUGCAAUACAGCUUUCCUCUGAAGUUCUUCAAAGGGAUGUAUCCCUGAUAGACCUCCUGAACUCUGCUGCUGUUUCAAUAAUGAGGUUUGACUUUGUGUUUGAGUAUCCCAGACCAGUGAUGCCCAAUAUGGUCUUUGUUGGAGGUAUAAACUGUGCUCAGAAGAAACCACUGCCAAAGGAAUUCGAAGCCAUUGUAAAUGCUUCCGGAGAACACGGUAUUGUUGUCUUCUCCCUGGGCUCCAUGGUCUCCGAGAUCCCCAUGAAGAAAGGCAUGGAAAUUGCAGAUGCUUUGGGAUCAGUCCCUCAAACGGUUUUGUGGCGAUACACAGGAGAGGUGCCCCCCAACCUGCCAAAGAACGUGAAGCUUGUCAAGUGGCUGCCACAGAAUGACCUCCUAGCUCAUCCUAAGACUCGUGCCUUUAUUACCCAUGGAGGCUCACACGGUGUUUACGAGGGCAUAUGCAAUGCAGUGCCAAUGGUGCUAAUGCCUUUAUUUGGAGACCAGAUGGACAAUGCGAAACGAGUAGAGUCGCGGGGAGCAGGAUUGACACUGAAUAUACUAGAAAUGACUUCGAAAGACAUAUCCGAUGCCCUGAAAGCAGUUAUUAAUGAUAAAAAGUACAAAGAGAACAUCCAGCGUCUCUCAGACCUCCACCUUGACAGGCCCAUCCACCCUCUGGACCUGGCUGUGCACUGGGUGGAGUUUGUCAUGAGACACAAAGGGGCCCCACACCUGCGCCCUGCUGCCCAUGACCUGAACUGGAUUCAGUAUCACUCCCUGGACGUCUUUGCCUUCCUCCUGGCUGUGGUGCUCCUCUCCCUCUUCAUUUCUGUGAAGUGCUGCAUGUUCUGCUGCCGCAGGUGCUGCUUUAAGAAGGGAAGAAAAAGCAAGUCAGGGAAAUCAAAGACCCACUAGCAGAUGAAAGCACUGAUGGGAGGCAAGACCUCUGCUCCAGGCCUCAAGGAUCAGAGAAAGUCUUAAAUUUCACUAAAAUAAUUACUAGCUUUCAAUCAAGAAAUAAUAUAAUUCCUUUAGACUAACACCGAGUGUUGUUUCAUUGAUAUUUUUUGUCUUUAAUUAAGAAUUAGUUACUAAAAUAAUUUGUACAGCAGUGCUUCAGUCACUUGGGAAGAUAUCAGCGUGAAGUCCAAGGUGCCUGGCUUCCACGUCUUGUUGUACAGAGGACUCGUGGUCGCAUUUUUUUUUAACCUCUUUAUGCAGUGGAGAAAUACAGGAUUUCAUACGACUUUGCUCUGAGGGCUCUGUGAGGACCAUUUGCUCCAUCGUGUAAGAUUGUCAGGUUCAUCAAGCACUUUGAAAUCUUUGUACAGCUGCUGUUAUAGAAGAGGCAAAUGUUAUAAUCUGACGUUGUAUGUCACAUAAGCCAAGCUAGCUGCACAUCUUACGUAGGCUUUGUGUGUGUUUACCAUACCCUGAGUUCGAUCCAGACUUCAGCAUGGAAGUGGUUGUAAAGCCACUGGUGUUUCACCAAGUUCCCCAUCGGGCAGAGUUCUGUCUCUGGAGCUCACCAGUUGGGCGCUGUGAUCUUUGGAAGCAGUUUUUUAAAACUAUCUGAUUUAUUCUCUGUAAAUGACGUUAAGGUAAAAACCCAACCCCCAGUCUUUCAAAUAAAUCCCCAUACAGUAA